AUGGGGAAGGCAACUCUGGUUGACCCCCAAUCCCUGCAAAGGUCUCAGGCAUUUAGCCGUCGUGAAUCAGAGAAAACGAGGUGUGUCGACUGUACCGCUGAACAUGCAAGCGUGAGUUGGCCUUCUGCGUCCUCCUUGCCUUCUGUGGCGCCUGCUUGUCGAGUUCAUAGCGACCUUCGUCGCACCUCACGCGUUACGUUUCUCCUUCUCUUUCUUUCACUCUUUCGAAUCGCAUUUUCGCCUUUCGCUCCUUCUUGGCUCUUUGAAGUUGUUGAAUGCCCGUCUCUCUGGCCGUUUUCCCGUGUGCGACAAAACUCUCCGCUUGCAGAAGAACCUGCCUCAGCUCCGGCCUUCCCACCGCGAAACAGCGUCUCAAAAGAAUCUCGUGGGCGGCCCUCCGCAGCCGUCGCGGUCGCGUUUGCUUCUGCGACGCCUGUACCCUUCCAACUCCAAGACUCACACAGAGGACGUAGCUCCGAAAUCCAAACGGGGGGCAGAGAUGGAGAGCGAGAGGGCGAGGAGACGCUCGAGAGAGCGCGAGGGAACGGGGACGACGAGGAGGUCGGGACUCGCAGAAGAGUGGACGACGAGCAUGCUGUAGGAGGCGACAGCAGCGAUAGAGUGGAAGAAGACGGUAGGCCUCCUGAUGCGAGCAGCGGCGGCAAGAGGUCCCCUGGAGGAGAAGGGGAUGGACGCUUCAGUCGAAUGUGGGGGAAUGAAGAGGGGAGCACUGCCAUUCUUGAUAUCGCUCUGCAUGCACUGCGGUGGUCAACGCAGGCUGAGGUCCACCCGCAUCGACAUCAACUUCCUAACAGAAGCAAGGCGACUUCAUCUGCCACGAAGGCAAAAGUCAGGGAAUCGAGUGAAGAACAUGCUCGCGGAGGUGUAUCCGCCUCGCUCGCUGAUUCGACAGAGGGAACUUCGGUGGCGGAGACACCCGUCUGGGGAAAGCACCCGCAUUCCAGUUCUUUGCCAGCCAGAGGCGUUCCGUUGCUUCUCCGAUAUGAGUCGCCGUCCGCUCCUCCGUCCCUCUCGCCGCCUGCAGUCUUUUUUUCCUCUCCGUCACCUCCCUUUUAUCCAUCCUCUUCUUCCUCUCCUUCCUAUCCGUCGUCGUCUCCUUCUUCAUCCCUUUCAUCGCCUUCUUCAUCCCUUCCUCCCGCUGCUUCCUCUUCGCCCUCUCCGUCGCCUUCGCCCUCUCCGUCGCCUUCGCCCUCUCCGUCGCCUUCGUCCUCUCCGUCGCCUUCGCCCUCUCCGUCGCCUUCGUCCUCUCCGUCGCCUUCGUCCUCUCCGUCUCCUCCUUCUCUGCCACCGACUCCUGGCCCACCUCCUGCGUCAGAGGGAUUCGAGGGAAGCUCAGGUUCGAGCGACGCGAAUCCUCCGUCCCCGUCGCUGCCGCCUUUUUGCGGGGAAGAAGAAGACCUCUCUGCCUGCGACGUCGUGCGCAACGGCACAUGCUACAUUCUCGCCGCGUCUUCUGCGCUUGCGGCUGAGGUGUCGAGACACCCAGAGAGAGUCCAAGACGGCGCCGCGCCUGCAGACGGCCCUUCGCCACGGGGGACAGGCGACGCGCCUGGUGGGGGCGGCAAGGAUCCUGGAGACCCCGUCGCAGCUCGGCAAAACAUUCGUCUGCUCAAGCGUGGACUCCGCAUCAUUAGUCGAGGACCCGUCGUCGUUGACUCCGGCGUCCAACUCUUGUGUCCCUCAGCGUUGCUUUGGGAGGAGCGAGAGAAGCUGCAAAGACAGGAGGAGGUCGCGAAAAAGAUCUCCAAGGAGAAUGGAAAGCGGCGUCGCGAGGCGAGUCUCAGGCGCAGAAGAAGACGGUGGCGGAAGGCCGUUCUGCCCGACAGCCAGAUGCGAGCGGAGGGGCUUGACGACGCGCCAACGAGACCUCGGAGGUCUCUCCUGGGAUUCCUCGUCUCGUCGAUGUCGACCACAGACGAAGAACCUGUCGAUGAGGCUUCUGCCCGAGACAUUUCUUGGACUCAGUCCACCUCUAAAGCUGAAGGCGCCGCCCAGUCGGAUACACGAUCUGCAGCUUCCAUUUCUUCCCCAGACGUCCAUGCCUCCCAACAGGCCUCUUCGUCUCCGGCGUUGCCUUCGCGUGUAUUUCCAGCUCCUGACCGCAUCGAGGUUUGCUCUGGAGACGCCAUUGUGUUGUCGCCCCAGUCUCUGCUCCAUUGCCGAGAACUGCUACUCCUGUCCGGCAGAGAAGUUAUUCUGCAGGAAGGAUCGGAGAUCUCUGCGAAUGCCACCAGCCUCUUGAAGGCAGACAGCUCCACAGCGCUGCGAGCCGCGGGCACUCAGGGCAGUGCCUCUGGGGCCUUUCCGUCCGUUUCUGGAAGUUUGGGGAAACAACGAAAAGACAUGAAAGGACGGGAUGAGGGCGCGACUAGGUCGCGAAGCACAGGCGAAGCCGCCGACGCCAAUAGCGGCAACGGGAAGGCCAGGAAGAGCGCAAAGGCGCCCGGCGUCGGCGAGGGGUCGCCCGGGGAAGCUGACGCUGGGCGCGUAGGUGAGGAGACGCCUAAAGACGACGGAAGGAUGACGAGACCAGCCGUUGAGAAUGGAACGGCAGAAGCACAAGACAGACAAUACGCGGCAGCCUCGGCGCGCUCGAGGCCAAGCUCGGAAGUGAAAAACGAGACGCCUAGAGGGGGAAGUCAUGGAGGCGUUGGUGGCGUCCUCGCGGCGACAUGUGACGAAGAAGGACCUGAAGGCCUCUACGCCUCUCUGUCUCCGUGGCCUCCGACCUACGGGUCGCCUUUUCUCCCUCUUCACUUUGGAAGCGCAGGACAGUUCCCCUCUUCUUUUCCGCCACAGGAAGGUUCUCGCCCUGUAGCAGAAACAAAAAACCAUUCCGGCAGUGCUUCAAGUGGCGGCGACCGGUCUCGCUCUUCGGCCUUCGGAGGGGGGGAGGUACCUCGAGGAGGCGGCUUCGUUCUCGUCUAUGCCGCCGACCGGAUUGUCCUGGAUGGCGGGCGCAUUUCGGCGUCCGGUGAAGAAGGGUGGAAUGCACUUCACACAGGAUCUCCCGAGUUUCUCGCGGCAGAAGGCCGCGACAGGACUGUGACAGAGGAAGGUGGAACUGUAGACGAGACAGACCGCGAGCGGGAGAGACACAUCGAGGAAGGUGAACGCCCCGACAGAGGGGAGGUAGACGGUGAGAGAGGCAAAGAGUCGAAGCGCAGCUGGAGACCGGGGCUCGGCUCCCGAGUCAGUAGUGGGGACAGAGGACAGGAUGGAUCGAAGGACCUGGGAAGCUGGAGUAACGAGGAUAUGAAGGAAAGGAUGGAGGACGACCAACAGGAGGAACUGGAGAUCGAAGGAAGCAGAGAGAGAGCCGGAAGAAGGCAGGUCGACAUGGGGCUGAGCUCUCGUCUCUCCCGGUGGCUUGGGCCCCUGUCCCUCUGGAUGAGUCCGCGGGCACUGCGGCAAAGGACGAGGAGGCCGAGAGGCCGUUCCCGAGGAGGCGGAGAAGAGUGCGAGGGCGCAAAUGAGAGGGAAGGAUGUGAAGGCCGGAACACGCGGCAGAAGUGGAGGAAGAAUGAUCGCGAAGACGAGCAUGUCUCGUUCAUUCCUCUGCAAGCAACUGCUGGGAGUGGCGGGACAGUCCUUCUCAUCUCUCGUGAUCUCCGUCUCUCUCGACCUCUGGAAGGAGGCGGGAAGAUCCUCGCCCAAGGCGGGGGGUGCCGAACAUCUGCGUCGCUGGAAACAAGGUUCCAGGUGCGCAGACGCCGAGAAAGUUUGAUUGAUUCUUUCGAUCCUGAACGCGUGCCUGCACAGCUAUCGACUAGGCCCCUUGAGUCCGCGAGUCAGGCCAGGAACGAUCGAGCACCGGGAAGCGUGGAAGGGAACGCGGCAGAGACGGCACAGUAUGCCUCUCCAGCGCCGCAAGGCGCCAACCAAGGCAAGGACGACCGAGAGCGAAAGGGGACGAAAAAACGAAGCAAAGCCGUCUCCAGAGGCCGACGCCGUGUCUGGCGAGGAGCGCAUGCGUGGAGAGAGCACAAGAAACGAGGAGAAGCGGAAGCAAAGGUGAAAGAACAGGAGAGACAAGUGCGCGCGGAUGCAUGGCUCCGAAGUCAAGUUUGGGGAGACUGCGCUGCGGGAGGAGGCGGACGCAUGGCGCUCUACAUCCAGCAAGCCCACCCGCUAGUCCCCUUGGUGCUGGCAACGGGCGGCUGCAGCGCGAUGACACCUCGUGUCGAUCUCCUGCCCUGCAGUUGCGGCGGGGGGGGAACGAUUUUUUCUUCUUUUCAUCAAAAGUUGGUGAUUCAUAAUCGCUUGGAAACGGCAGUGGUUUCGCCAGCUGCCGCGUUCUCGGCUUCCGCUGCGUCCGCGAGCAUCGCCGCUUCAGGCGGCCUGGAGACCGGAGUAACUUCUGAGGCGCGACCUGUCAAGGCGAACGAGGCCGAGGCAAGGGCGUCGAUGUUCCCAAAGGCAGGCCCACUCGAUGCGCGAGACGAGGACAAACGCCGCACGCUUGGUGCAGACCCUUCUCCACCGUUUUCCAAGGACCAGGACGCACCGCUUCGAGAGACAGGGAGAGGCUCGGAAGGCGCCGAGAACGGAGCGCUGCCUUCAAAUCCACCUCCGUCUCAACGCAGUGCGCUUUUGAGUUUGACAGAAAUCACGAGCAUCCAACCCACGCCGCUUCCAGAAUGUUUGUUUGCUCCGGCGUUGAACGUGGAAGUCGACAGUGCUGUCGCACUCUUGCUCCCUUCCUCGAUAUGUCCAGGCGCAGACCCUCUUGAAGACAAGUCCGCGAGGCAAGGGCCGAGAAGGUCUAGGCGAAGCGAGGAGGAGAACGACGGGCCAACUGAAAGGGUGAGGGAGACGGAGACAGCAGGGGUGGGCGGCGAUGACGCCACUGAUGGAGAGCAGCGAGUCAGAUGCAAUUCGGCCGUACGGGAGAGACAGGAAGAAAUCCGACGGCUGUUCGUCGACACCGCGAAGGGUGGCGAGAACCCCGGGAGGUCGACUGACAGCGAGGAAGACCGAAACUUCGGAAGAACAAGAAAAGAGUCUACACCGGCUUUCCAAGGAUCUAACGGCGAGACGGCUGUGAAAAGAGAGAGGGGCAGUGAGAAGAAGCAAGAGCACCCGAGCACGGUGCAACUCGAAGUGGAAAGAGAAGGGGAACGCAAAACGAACACACCACAGUCAUGUACAGAAGACGACAACUCGUGCGAGACAGCAGGCGAAAGUUCAAAAGGCGAAGGCGGGGGAAGCUCGGGCAAUGCCGGCGCCGACUCUCGAGACCAGGUUCUGUCUCCAAAUGGCGAGUCGAAGAAAGAUACUGGGGGAGAGACGACGGCGAGUGCCUCUGUGGAGAAAGCGAAUAAAAACGAGUUAGAGUGUUACAGUGGAUUCGACCCGUCUGUGAACAGUGCGAAGCUGUUUUCGAAUGGGAGCGACGGACGAAAGGAACAGUCGCAGACAGCGGGAACGCAAGAGUCCGAAGCCGGAAGAGACGAAGAGAGAAGCGGCUGCGACAAAGAGGGAAACGGAGACCCAGCACGCCAGACACACUAUGGAGAACAGGAAAGAGAAGAGGAGGAGGAAAACGACAGAGGCGACGAGGGAGGAGGCAGCUCAAUGCCCAGCCGUGUGCCAUCAGGAUGCGUCGUUGUGGUCGGCACCCUUCUUCUGCAUGGAGGAGUAAAGGGUGCAUCCCUGCGCGUCUUGGAACCUCUUCACCUUCACGCAGCUUCAGGGUCCAUCCGCCUGAGACAGCAGAGCGUCAUCGCUUUCUCUGUCUCAGAGUUCACUUCUUCUUCUUUCGUUACCGGAGACGCUGAUACGUCACAGAUUCACCCUUCCUUUUCCUCUCCUCCCUCUUCGUCUGCUCCCAGUCUCUCUUCGGAGUCGUCGUCUGCGUCCUUGCGUUCUGCCGCGUUUCCUCUGGGCGCUCGAUUCCCGAUUCUCUCCGCAUCAGGGUCUGUGCAGAUCGACGCGAAUGCCUCAGUCAUUUUUCCUUCGUCUCUGGUGCAAGCCGGUGCUCCCAGCCGUUUGUCCCCGUUCUCUUCAACCGGCUCCUCAGCCUUCUCGACCCUCCAUGCGGCGCCCGCAGGCCGGCCGCCUCCUGCAGGCGCCGUGCUCGCGGGGGGCGAGGUCCUGCUUCACGGUUCCUUGCGAUCUUCGCCGCCGUGUUCCGCUUCUGCAUCUGGAUCCUCUUCCGCCGCGACACCGCCGCCGUCUCGAGCCGCGCCAGCCGCCUUCUUCUCGCUGCCGCCUUCGCCUGUGCCUGUCGUGGUGUAUGGCCAGCAGGGCCUGACGGUCGGCGAGGAGACGCCGCGUCUGCAGCAUCUGAUUCUGUUCAGCGACGGUGUCGUGAAGAUCCAGAGUCGAGCGGAGAGCACGAGUGAGGACGACGACGGGGCACGCUGCGCGCGCCUCGCGCAGAAGCAGCCUGUGCAGCCGUGCAAGGUCCUCAGACAGUUCCAGUCUGCGUUCCUGGCUCCGGCGGUUGCGGUCCUGAAGCAGAUCGCGAAGGACGAAGAGAUGCGAGAGAAGCGGGGCGGCGUGAGGUCGAGGGAGGAGAAGCGAAAGGGAGAGGAGACAAAGACAGACCAGAACAGAGGCAGAGCGAGAGAGGCAGAGUACGGGCAACACGACGGCGACCAGUCUCCUGCAGCCGAGUUGAAGGCCGGCGUUUCGAACUCGACCACCGUCUCAGCCCAACCAGGGGGGUUGGCAGUGGAAAUGAACCUAAGAACGAAACGCCAGUUCGGACGUGAUGCGAGUGGGCACAUGUCGCUCGAUCCCGGAGAACCCACCGACUCGUUAACGCACUUGACUGGUUCCGCUUCUUUUCUCGAAGCCGGUGAGCACCCCAGGAGACCUGAGCACCGCGGCAAAUCAGUGGCCGGUGCAGGAACGAGCCGAGACGCGUUGCUGUGGAUGCGUGAACAGAAACGGCUCGAAAACCUCGCAUGUCAUUUCUGGCAUUCCCGCCGUUCGUCGCGUGAGAAGAGCAGCGGAACACUCGAGGAGGACAGCGGCGAGCAGACGCCGAGAAACCACUCAGACUCAGGUGCGCGACGGGUCGGAACGGAGCACAUUUUGGUUCCUGUCACUUCUGCCGAAAAGCACAGGAGGGACCACGAGAAGUUGGCAGCGAGAGCGGGGAAUCAAGAAGCGACAGGCGAGAGGAACAACACGAAGGUGCAGCCAAUCGAGGAAGAAGUGAGAGAUCGUGGUUUGCCGGAACCAACAGAAAGGUCGCGAUUGGAGGGAGACGCGAGACGCGAGGAAGGCGAGACUCAGGGAACGUGUCGUCGAAGAGACGCUAAGAGAGAGAAGGAGGCUAGUGAAGGGCUGCGGGAAGAAGCGCAGGAGGUCGGAGAGGCACACAGCGUGAAGGAGAGAGCAGAACGACAGAACGAAGACCACUGGCCGACAGGAAGGCAUACGGAGGACAGUGCGAGGCAGGAGGAGCGAGGGGUGAGAGGAGAACAAGAAACGGACGGAUCUGAAGAAACCAGUGAUGGUGUUGAGGAGGUUAGGAAUGCUUCGAAUACGAGUACGAACCCGGGAGAAGACAGAAGAACAGCAACGGCUCGGCCCUCCCAACGAGCGACACCGACAAUUGCCCCGAACGCAGAUGCACAGACGGUCCAACACGGAGAAGAACAGGGAACAGGUCCUGGCACAGAGUCGCGCGGCAAGCUGCGUGGGCCAGAGUGGAGUUCCGAACGCGAGACGAAAGAGGCGCAGAGCGACGGGAAUCGCGGGGCAAACGAAGCAUCUGUAGGCAGGGAUCGUGCGGCACACCUAAGCGACGAAGACGGCCUCGAAAGGAGAGGCAGACCGCAUGCGGCAGACUUUAGGCCAGAAUCGCGGGAGGCGGACCAUGGGCUCGCCGUGGUUUCGAACGACUGUCAAGUCAUGCUGGUCGACACGAAACAAGCGAGACGAAUCGAGGCGCUCUUGGACCGAAGUGAGGUGGCGGCUCAGGCGGGGACGGCAACCCAACAGGCGAAGCUGAGAUCCGAAACCGAGGUCGACGCACUUCGGCAUGACGAUGGGAGCAGGCUGGCGCCUCUCUACUCGCUGGGUCUGAUUCGACGACUUGCUCGCAGAGAGGCAGGAAACUUCAGUGGAGGCCAGAGUGGGAACGAGCAAAGUGGCGGCCCCUCGAAACUUGAGUCUGUGGUGUUCUGGGAACUCGUGGAAUCCUUGAAUGCGGCAGGAGCACCACGCUUUGCCCCGCCGCCUCUUAUCGAGCUCCUCCUUCAAUCCUCGGGAGGAAGUCCUCGACCGAUGCUUUUUGAGGACGUGAUGCGUAUUGGCGAGGCCUCCCGGUUCUCUGGGGUAUCCUCGGCUUCAUCUGAGGCUGUGCCUAUCGCAGCUGUCGGUGACGAAACGUCGGCACGUACCCACGCGUUCCUGCAUGUAUCUCCUGUCGCGAUGUUCAGCCGUCGCCAUGACUCCCCCGGAGUUCCAUUUGUCCGCCCUUUCCUCCCGUCUCUGCCUUCGUGGCCGUCCUCUCCUGUGCACCAGAUUUCUGCUGUUUUCGGCACUCGCAGUCAAGGGAACAGUUCCCGAGUAGACCUGCCUGCGCCUCAGGGUGAGGCGACCACAGCCACGGUCUUUGCUACUCUUCUCACAGCUGCCUGGCUGAGCCGCGCUGACAGGGAGACUUUGAAAAGCGAGGCAAGCAGGAAAGACGCAGGCUGCAAAGCGCAAGAGGAAGAUGUCAGCAUUUCCCCGCAGACAAGUCGGAAAGGGAACGAAACAUCCGCCGGGGCCGCAGGAAGCACACGCAAGUCUCAUUCAAACAAAGACGACGAAGAAGCGGAGAUUCUCGGCGGGUCGUCUGCAAAUGGAAAGACCUGGGACGACAGGUUGCGCAAGCUUGCAAACGACCAAGACAUACGUCAGCACCAGAAAAGAGCAAAGGAGACCCCUGGGAUCAGGGAGACGCUCGAAAUGCUGAUCGAUGGCCUGUCCUUCGGACGGCCCUCCUGGUACGCAGCUGGAGGACAGCUCGAGUUUAAAAUUGAAGGACUGGGCGAAGGACGUAGGGUCGACAGACGUGAAGGAGGAGAGCAUCGCAGGGGCACGGGGGAAGGCGAGGAAUCGAAACGGACAGAUGCAGAGGAGAGGAUUUCCGAGAACGACGAAUCAGAUGGUGAGAGGAGUGGAUACGCCCGGCGAGACAAUGACGACGUCGUCAGACAGAGAGGUGGCGAGACGAGGCAAAGGAAAGACGCAUCGGACAAGGGAAACAUCGACGCGCUGAACCUGUUGAUGGCGUCACCUCUCCUGAUGAGGAAGUUGGCGUUGCCGGCAUACGUUCCAAAAACGCGUGACGGAGGCGGCAGCCAGACAGCACAUGCAGGGGCUCUUCGCAACCUACACGAGCACACUAGCGACGCCUCGAGCCAACAAGAGUGGCCUCGUGAAAGCCUGCCUCCGUAUUCAGUUUCCGCUAACACUGAAUCGUCGUCUGCGGUUUCAGCUUCACUUCUCUCUACGUUGAAGGCCGUUGAGAAACUCAAAAGUGCAGCUUCUUGGCUCGCGCCGCUGCCUGCCUCGCCACAAGGCAACCUCGAGCUACCCUUCGACAUCCGAGUGUAUGGACACAGCGGCAUCGUUGUUGCUGAAAACAGUCGCGUGAGUGGCGCUGCCAUCCUCCUUUGCGGAGGGACUGGCGCAGUGCAGAUCGACGGGAAAAUCACGGCGCGAGGUCGAGGAUGCAAGGCAGGAGAAGGGCCUGGUGCCGGACGUGGCCACCGACCUUCUGACGCGUAUACAUCUGAGCCCCAGUUGACGCCGUCGCCUUCGAGUGUCAAGGAAAGAAGAGAGGUCUUGGGCGGCUCCGGAUCAAGCGGCUUUUCCCUUUCUCCUUCCAGCCAACGGAGUGAGAAUGUGACCGCGGAGCCGGGCAGGGGUUCAGACGGAGUUUCAUCGUCCUCUUCUCCCGCUUCUUCUCACGCUUUCUGCGGGGCAGGGGGCGGAGGCCACGUUGGUCGAGGAGGCGACGGAGUCGACCCUCGCACAGGUCGACCGUGUGUGGGGACAGGUGGAGUAUCUUACGACGUCGUCGCGAAUGCAUUUCCUCUCACGCGUGGGGCGGAUUUAGUUGGAGACAAUCCGAAGGCGCCUGGGGCCUCACAACCCAUGCGUUCGCGCUUGGCCUCUCCUGACGUCUCCCAAGAUUCUUCGCCUUCCUUGGAGGGAGGAGGCACGCGACUUCUCUCAGCCGACAAAAAAGCGCCCACCAGAGAGGCAGUUCAAGAGUCCGGAGACACAAACGAGCAGCGGGACCCAGACGAGACAAGGACGCCUUCGAGCACAGGUGACAGUACGGGGGCGGCGUCGCAGGCGACGUCUGCCGACGAGGCAAGGGGCGGAGAGUACACGGCGUUUGAGCCUACGAGCGUGGAGAAAGUCGGUUCCGACGUUGUUGAGACGAACGCAGAGGUGCCCAAGGGCAGUACUGAGUUCGCGUUCGCUGAAGCAACAGCAGGUAUAGCGACGCCGGGAACUCCAGUCCACAGGUUGUCAUCCUCAUCUCGGUUCCUCGAGGCGAGCCUCCCCACCACGAGUGCCUCGGGAGGCGGAGGAGAGACUCACCGCGCAGGGGCUGGCGGAGGCCUCGUUUGGCUGGAAGCCUUCGUGGUAGAUGUGCGAGGAGUUGUCGACGCUGAUGGAGAAGACGCUGAAGCGAUGCAAGACGUUCCUGUUGACGACUCUGUGAGACGUGCUCUGCUCGAAGAGGAGCAGCAGAAGAAGAUACGAGAACGGCAGCGGAGAGAGGACACAGAGGCGACAGAAUGCGCUGAAGGCGCUUGCAGGUGGGAGCGCCGCCGCCAUCGUUCAUUAAGGCGAGAGAGGUCUUUGACGAUAUUGGAGAGUAGCAGGAUGACUGGGAAGAACACGCAACGCUAUCCCUUCCUCGAGGGGGGUGUCCCAGAGGACUUGUCUACGUGGGUGGGUCUGCCAGCGGCACAGCAAACCGAAAGAAAGAGACUAGAGAGCGUGGAAAAAGAGUCUCAGUUUACUCGGGCCGCGAUCCGAGGAGACAGCAACGCGUGUCUUAUUGCACCGACCGGUGAAGUUGCAAAAACGCGCAAAAGCCAAAGGGGAAACAUGACGGAGCCAGAGGACGGGAGGCCAGCAAAAGAGACAGUAAGCAGAGACAAGAGCUCGCAACACCGGACUCGGAACAGAGAAUCCCCCUUGGUCGUGGCAGGGAGGCACAGGUAUUCUGAUUCGCGCGUGGAAAGUCGUAGAAACCACGAGGGCGUCGUUGUCAGCUCUGCCGUACCUGGCUGGAACACCUCGGACUACGACUCGAGCUCAAGGCUCAACGGCAGCGGCGAAGAACCUCCGCCGCCGUCUCUGGCUCUCUCCUUAAACCCAACCUCGCAGCUGUCUGUUCUCGAGUCACAGCGGCACUUGAGCUGGGUUCGGCGGCUUCUGUUUUUGGAAGCUCGUGACACACCAAGGAUUCGAGCCAUUGGCAAAAAGAUUCGCGAAGCGCGCCAAGCCGAUACAGGCUCCCGGAGGUCUCAGCACGUUUCUGUAGAGGCCCAGGCAGCUUGGAUUCGCCGGGAGGGCCGUUCGACGUCGCGUAGCGAUAUAGCAGCGUCUACGGGCAUGCUAAAGGGGCGCGCAGCGGCCCCCGCAGUAGCGGCCGUGCCACCACGGUUGUCGCUUCACGCUCAAGGCGAGGACCAUCCUGCAGAGGGCGAGAGAAGCGCAGCAGCAGCUUACCUCGCGACUGUGCUUGUCGAUCUCAGUCAAGCAGGCCAAGGUGGCGGAGCAGGCGGGAGCAUUAUUUUGAGAACUUUUGCCUUGAAGGGGUCAGGCCUUUUGUCGGCGAGGGGAGGCAUGGGCGGUCGAUGUACUGGCGGCGGUGGCGGUGGUGGAGUUGUCGGUAUUGAGUGGCUUACCAGGGCUCACACGCAAUCGGAGACGGGACCGCACGGAAGGGGUCAACCUCCCACAGCUGUUGGAGACGCCCCCAGGGAGGGCAGGCCAACGCCCGCGACGCGAAGCAAAGAACCGCAGAGCCUUUCGAAGGGGCAGAAAAGCGACCGAUCUGCAAUUUCGAGUGCCCAGGUGAAGGGGAUCCCAGGGAGUGGCAGCGAAGAUGAGGCGCCACACCAGGACGCCGGCGGGAAUGGCGUAGGGCGAAGGGAACCGAGUGUGAAGCUCAAUGAGGGUGGAAGCUCUGUGACCUCUGCCCCCGAGGAAGAGCUCGCGACAGAAGCUGGAAACGCCGAGGGCCGCUCAGUAGAUCCGCGACGUUCGCUUCUCGGAACACGAUCAAAGCAGAGAGGUGCCGGUGGCGAAUCAAACGACGUGAGUCUCUCGAGCACUUCCACCCGACAUCACCUUCCCGGAUUCCCUCCAGCUUCAGGGGAUAUCGAUACCCGUGGCCUGUCAGGGGCUGGAGCGUACCUUGGAGACAGUGGGCCUGUGCUGAUUCCGUCGCCGCUGCCGCCUCCCCUGUUCGAGCCAUCGGCACGAGACGUGAGCAAGGAAAUUCUAGGCAUCGCCCAGCGGUAUCCUUCUCAUUUUUCCCCCGAUGCACUCUUGGAAGAGCUCGAGACGCUCCCCUCGCAAUUUGCCACGAGAUUUACUGGCCGCGUUGAUGUCUCGGGAGGUGCAUCCGACGCGUCACAAGUCUGCGAGCUCUUGCAGCUCCCUGCGGGACUCAAAGGCUUCGGCGGACAAGUCGUCGCCCUUCCCUCACUCAACGGCGAGUCAACUUCCUGUCCUGUGGGGCGCGCAGGGUGGCAGUGUGUGCCGUGCCCUGCUGGCUUUUUCCAGCUUCCUGGCGAAGGCUUUUGUCGAGCGUGCACAAAUCGCCCGGAGGGGGCCAGUGUGUAUAUCCAGGAGGCGUGGCUCGGCAUGAGGCCUGUCUCAAGUUCCAGGUGUCCCUACGCGUGCUUGGCUGGAUUUCCCGACGUAUCCAUCAACCCUCGCUGUCUCCCACCUUUUCUGUUCCUUCUCGAUACGCUUCGUGCAAACACAGCAGCAUUUGCUUUGCUUCUCUGUCUGUUGUUCCUAACUCUUAUUGCUCUUGCAAACGCGGCGCUGCUGUUCGAGUGGCCGUGCGACCCCGCCACGCAGUUCGAGGCGAUCUCCGGCGUGGACGCGCCUCUUUCGUUUGGUUUCCAGCCGAGUAAUCCGGACCCCAGCGCUUUUGGAGGUGGUUCGGCUUUCGCCCGGAAGCCUUCCCCGGGCUCCUCUUCCUUCCGCUAUUCUGAUAGUUGCCUCUUUCAGAACGAGGGUGGACCGAGUUCGGCGGCGACACAAGCCUUGCCGGGGGGGCAGGGAUCUUUGUAUGGAGCGGCGUUUGCAGGCGGCGCGAACGGCUCCUCCCCAUCGAGCCCUGCAGGCGUCUCUGCUCCACCUCCGGGGUUGCUUCGGAAAGCAGUUCAAGAGCGGCGCAGCGUGAGAAUGUCUCGACCGUAUCUGACGAUGGAGGAUCUUCCAUAUCAUGUCCAACGCAUCGUGCUCUUUGGGUCAAAUACUCCAACGAACCCCUGGGGGCUCGACGCCUCGCCACCUCCGUAUUUGUUGCCCCUUGUCAUUCCCGAACGCUUCGCAGCUUUCGCAUGCCAUGCAAAUCGCCUGUGCUCGUACAGCCGCGGUUUCCUUCUUCUCUACAACGUUCUCAGGGCAGUCUAUCUGCCUGCUGCGUCUCUCCUCCUUCAGGCAGCUCGGCGCCGCCGGGCUGCUCGUCUCGUUUCGUUCAUUCUGUCGCUGGACAACGCAAGCUUUCCCAGAGAUGUUCGAGGUCUUCCUCUUUCCGCGGUGUCUACCCCUAAAUCGAUGACUGGCACUCCCGCAGUCUUCUGGCGGUCGAUUCGAGCCCGGGAACUUUCUUUUGGUAUCAAGGUGACCGUCAGUGCCGGAUUGGAUACGUGUUGCUUGGAUGUCCUUGAUUUCGAUAGAAACCCCUUCGACUACCACCUUUAUCCCCAUAGCCCUAUGGUGAUACUGCCCAGCGACACGCAGUUCCUUGCCCCUCAUGGUCCAGGUGCAGAAAGGCAUGCAGGUGCUGCAGCCCGCUCUCUCGCAGCAACAUCGAUGCGCGAAACAAAUCGGUCGGAAUGGCUCUACUCUUCUCCUUCUGGUGGCACAAGCUCCCCCGACGGUUGCAGAGGCUUUCUGGGGUGGUGCCAGCGGGUACUGUGGAUGCGGCCUCAAGACGACCAAGCUAUUGUGGACACAGAUGCUGAUGGGGUUGCUGCUAGCCGCCGAAGCGCGAGCGCCCGAAGCAAACCGGUCGGGGCCCCCAGUGAAACUGCGAGGAAGCACGGGGUGGAACCAACGGCGGGAGGGCGCCAAGAGGAAAGAAGACGAGGAAGUCCAUUCAUCGAAGCACUACAGCAGAUUGUCGGUUACGAGGAGUCGAGGAUUUUGUUUGAAUUCUUCAGACGCAAAGCAGCCGAAGUGGAAGAGGUAGACCUUGCUGAGGCGGCGCAUCUUUCUGCAGCGAUGAAUGCGCCUCUAGGGGACAUCGGCAGCGACAUAUCAAGUCCUUCUCAAGGAUCGUCUAUCUGUCGCACUUGGACAGACGAAACCGUUACUCGGGGUGAUUUGUACUGUAGAGGGAAAAUGCUACGUGACCACGAGGCCGGCAGGAGAGAUGUUUUAUGUGCAACCUGUGGAAACAGGUUGGUUGUGUCGCCUUGUGGCGACUCAAAGCUCGAAGGUGGAAAAUAUGGGACGCCCAAUCUCGAGGGGUACCCAUGGCAUUGCCAGUCACCUGUCCACUAUCCGUCUGCAGACUCAUCAUUAGGCUCUUUUGCGUCUGUACACUCCACGCCAGAGGACGCGGACGACCGCGGCAAUACGUGUCUUUGGAGGGGGACUCUCACGGGAGAAGCAGACGAGCUGCUUCUCUGGCGUCUAUCUGCAGGCGUUGCCUCCGUCUUCGAGCUUCGGGAUGGCGUUCAGAAGCUCAGUGCUCAGUUUUUCAGGCCUCACGGGCUCCAGGCGUCUGUGUGUAUUUUUCCUGUUGAAGGGUUCGUGACCCGGGGUGACCGCCGCGAGCGCCUCGCACUUCUCUCUGCGCACUCUCCAGGUAGCCAUGGCCGUGGCAAUGCUGCUCCCGGUUCCAAACUUGCCCGUGGCUCGGACAAGAUCCGUUUUGAGUCUGCGAGUCGUUCUAGAGCGAUUCCAGUUGUCGGCCCCACCUCAGACCCCGCCCGAAGGCCGUACGCUCAUACGGUCUACUCUCCAGACUUCGUGGCGUCCCGGCUGUCCCAUGAGGAGGCUCCCUUCGAGCGUAUGUGCACAUCGCCAGUCCAUAAUCAGACCCGGCAAGAAGAACGAAAGGGAACGGCAACGGUAUAUGCUUUCCCUGCCUUGUCAAUGUCCGCCAACAUCGAAGACGUGUUCCAGCCUGCUACGCCAGCAGCCGCGCUCGCAGCGUCUGUGAGGACGACGACAGGGCAGAGUGAACUUCCCCGCACCAGUAGAGCAAGCAGCUGUAGCGGCGAGUCUAUCGGGUCUCCUGCGUCGUCGACCUUCGCCAUCCUCCGGGCCGGCAGCCCACCACCAUCCACUCUGGCGGGCGACUCUUCGGCAGCUGCCUAUCUCGAAGGCAACAAGUCAUGUAACCGACAGUGCGUUUCGGGGUUCGGUGCACUGGCGCGUUUGUUGUCGUUCCCUUCCCCACUUCAUCCAGCACCAGCAACUGGUCUGGUAACGGAUUCCUCUGUAAGGUCUGAAGAUUCGCGACUCCCUUAUUCUAUUAAUCUCGCCUCCCCCUCGUCUUAUUACAUGACAACACCGGACGCCGGCUCCACGGACGACAACAGUUCAUGCCCUAUAUCAGGCACUCGAGGGACAACGAAACAAAAGAGUCCUUCGCGCCUGAACCACAAUAAGUCGGUGUCCUCUUACAGAGAAUUCCCGGAGGUGAUGUAUACGGCUGAAUUCGGGGAUACGAACUCGGCAUUGUCCCCAAUGUCAUGGCUGCCAUCGUGGACUUCUGCGCCGCUUCCGAACUCAGGUCCGUUGCCAGGGACGCCUUCAUCGCCGAAGCAAACGGCAUGUUCAUCGUCUGUUGUUUCUGUGGCUGGCUACAUGAAGGUACGCGACACGUCUUCCAUAAGCCGUCGCGGAAUUCUUCCGGUGCGACGCACGCGGCAGCAUGUGCUUGCACUUGUCAUCACCGAACUGCCGUUGUCCUGCGCCUUCGCGGCGGGCUACGAUGACAUCGGUAGGCGGGAUGAGGUUGGAACGCCGCACCUGCUCCCUCUUGCAGCUCCGUUGUCCUCUGCUGCUCUCACUUCGCCUAUUGACCCCCCGCGCCUCCAUCCGUCUAACCUACCUGCAAACGUGUACGUGUCCCCAUCCUCCCAGGGUUCAGGCGGAGGCGUUGUGAGCGCUUCUGGGACUGCCGCGACUGGCAGCGGCCCGCUCGUGAGUCCUAAGCCCUCAGGUUCCUUCGAGAUCCGUUCUGAACAGCGAAGGUGCGUGAGCGCUCUCUCACGAGUCAACGGACCUAGAUACAGUCUCACUACAGCUGCUAGCAGCCCUUCUGUACGGAAGGCGUCGACACAGCCACUCUUGCCAGAGGACUCAAACAUUCUCGAGUCUCUGCCCGUACCAAACGCGAAAGUCGCUACGGUGCGCACGCGGGAUGUUAAUGUCUCAAGGCCAGUACGGAGCUCGGCAGGCAGCCCCGCUGAGGUGCGAGUUGAAGACCGAGAGUCGCUAGCACUGAGAGAGGGCUCUUUAUCUCACACAGUAGAACCGUACAAGAGGCCCUUGAUAGAGGAACGGAGAGGCCGACGAGGCCAUGUUGGAAAGGAUGAACUAAGCCGCCAUGGGUCCAGGCUCCUGUCGGACCCCAAAGCUACCGCCACACCCUCUCAGUCAUAUUCAUGUUUCACUGAGGACACACGCAGUGACGCGGCGAGCAACGGCCACGCGCGGGUUUCUUCCGACAGACAAACGGAGGUGAACUCUGUGGAAGGAGCUCGUUUAGAUCUGAUGCGGCAGAUGAGAUUUCGAGAGGCUACUGCAGGCGGCGCUCCGGUCGACUGCAAGACAGCCGUAAGCCGCCAGCUUCUUCCGGGCGCUGUGACAGGUCUUCAGGCGCAUUCGGCAGACUCAAACUUAUUGGCUCAGACCGCCACUGACAGCUUCGAGGCACGAGGAUUUGCAUACGAAGCUCUACCGGGACGAAACGCCUUGGGCGCCGCAUCUGCGCGAAGAGCAGUCGCUGCUGCUGCGCUUGGCGAUCUGAGGAGACGGUUUCUACAGCGCCUGGGAGGUGCGUCGGGCUUCCCUGAGAAUGCGUCAUCAUCUGCGGCUUGCGCGGGAUCAACACUGACACCGGGAAGUGAGCACGCAACGCCCCGCUCCGCACGAGACCCCACCUACACCCACCGGCGUGGUCAGCGAUUCGACGAAAGCUGGAGGGGGUUUCUGCAUGGAGCCAACGGAACUGCCACAGUGCAUGACUCCAGGGAUGAAAAGAAAGACCAAGGAGUAGAUAGGGAACGCGGUGUCACCGGAGUAAGCUUUGUUCCGUACGUAGAGGCCGUAGAGGCGGAGGCGUCGACGGCGUUGUGUCGGUGGUCAGAAAAGAUAGCGACCGCGUUCACGUGGAGACUCUUAAAGAAAGGCCCAAUCGCUAUCAACUCGAGGCUCGCCUUUGCGGCGUUCGCAAGUCUCUUUCUCUUUCAUACGGUUAUCUUAUCGGUGCAGUACUACACCAUGUAUCAUGCCGCGCAUCCCGCCGCUUCCCUCUUAUCUUCUUCAACGCAGAACCCCGUCACCCCCCCACUUCUUCCUCCACAUGCUCUGGUGCCGGUGCCGUUUCAUCUGUCACCGACACUGGACAUGGCGUCUUUUCGAUCGCUUCAUUCAUCUUUUCCUGAUGCUGUGCACUUUUAUGUAGCACUGUUUAUCCCUCCGUUUGUGGACCUCUUCACAGUAGUUGCUGGGUUGCUCUUCUUGGUACUGUGGAGCCCCAGUUGCGGCGAGCUCUUCCUCAUGUCGCUCCCGGCCUCGAUGCUGCGUCACGUUAUUGGUUGUGCCCUCCGUGUCUGGGAGCAACCUCAGCAGAAUUUUGUGGUCAUGAGUCUCUUCGAGCUCGCAUUUUUCACCGUACUCAAGGUCGCUGUCUCAGCUGCUGGCAGUCUGUAUCUCAAUACUGUGGAGCAUCAUCGCCGACUUGCGGGGAGUGGUUCGACCGCAGAUGGAGUAGAACGUGUAGUUGAGGAUGUGGUGGCUGCAUGUAAGCUGUGUACAUGCUCGAGACCCCGCCUUCCCCGUUCGUAUCCGUAUUGA